UUUAUAUAUCUUUCAACCCUCUGUUGAAAUAAGGGGGCGGAGUGGUUUUGACGAAGGAUGUGCACUGGGGAGCAUCUCUGCGACGUCACACGGUCGGCGUUUUCUUCUCUGAUGAGAAGCACCGGGCUGGACUGCACAUUUAUGCCUCUGCUUAGAGAUUUCAUCUUGAGCCGUUUGCUUUUAGAAUGCGUCCUGGAGCGCGUCCUCCUCCACCGCCGCAGCCGCCGCCUCUCGAUGCCGCGCGGUCCUCUCUGCGUGUCUGCCUCUUAGUUGCCCUCCGCUUCGUUGUUGCUGUUGCUGUGUCUGAAGGCGCCGUUUCCAUUGGAGAAAACAAACAGGGCUCGCUGGAAAGCAUCCUUGAGAAUGUGCAGAGUUACGAGAUCACUUAUCCCGUAUGGCUGCAUCCUCUCAGGCACAAGAGGUCUGGCAACAACGAGCAUCCAGCAGAGGCACAGGUUCUCAUCGUAGCUGAGGGCCAGGACCUCACACUACUGUUGGAGAAGAAUGAGCAGCUGUUGGCCCCUGGAUAUCAGGAAAUAUGGUACACUCCCGAUGGAGCUCGCAGGUCCACUUCUCGACCCAGCACUGGACACUGUUUCUACCAUGGCAAGGUUCAGGACGUGAAAGGCUCCAGCGUCGCUGUCAGCACUUGUUCAGGACUCAGGGGACUAAUUUCUCUGAACACAAGCGUCAGCUACCUGAUAGAGCCUCUUACUGUUUCUACGGAUGCUGACCGGCACGCUGUGUUCAGAGCCGAGAGUCUUCAUCUACCUGGGGGUCACUGCCAGCAUCACCACAGUGAAGAGGAGCAUGAGGAGAGGCGUAAUGACUUUAUCCAGGGAAUGAUGUCACCACGGAGUGUGAGGGUAAAACGGGAUCUGAGUCAGAAUAUGAAGUAUGUAGAGCUGCUCAUAGUGGCUGACAAGACUGAGUAUGAGAACCACGGCGCUGAUCUUGAGAAGACAAAACAGAAAUUAGUGGAGGCUGCCAACUUAGUUGACAAGUACUACAAAGCCUUAAAUAUCCGUGUGGCAUUAAUCGGCCUGGAAGUGUGGACCAGCCGGGACAUGAUCAGCGUCUCUGAGAACCCACACAGCACUCUGGCAGCAUUCCUGUCGUGGAGACAGAAACAGCUACGCAGUCUCCCCAACGACAAUGCUCAGUUGAUCACGGGGAAGUCGUUCCGGGGCACGACCAUCGGGCUGGCACCUCUCAAAGCCAUGUGCUCCGAAUACCAGUCCGGUGGAGUAAACAUGGACCAUUCAGAGUUAGCAGUUGGUGUUGCUGCCACCGUGGCGCACGAGAUGGGCCACAACUUCGGCAUGAGCCACGACAUUCCAGGUUACUGCCACGCAAGCGCAGAAGACGGAGGCUGUAUCAUGGCUGCUGCUACUGGGCAUCCGUUUCCUCGUGUGUUUAAUGAAUACAACCUGAAGGAGCUGCAGAGCUACCUGAGCUCUGGAGGAGGAAAGUGUCUCUUUAAUCUUCCGAACACCAGAACAAUGUACGGAGGGCAUCGCUGCGGUAAUGGUUACCUGGAAGAUGGAGAAGAAUGUGACUGUGGAGACGAAGAGGAGUGCACAAGUCCAUGCUGUAAUGCCAACAACUGUACCCUGAAAACUGGAGCUGAGUGUGCCCACGGUGUCUGCUGUCACAACUGCAAGCUGAAGAGCCCGGGUGUGCUGUGCCGUGGUCCCUCUGGGUCAUGCGACCUUCCAGAGUACUGUGACGGGAAGACAGAGUCCUGCCCUGCUGAUUUUUAUUUAGUGGAUGGCACGUCAUGUGCAGGUGGGAGGGCCUACUGUUACACCGGCAUGUGUCUGACCCUGGAGCAGCAGUGUCGCUCACUUUGGGGACAAGAUGCUCGCCCAGCCCCCGACCUGUGUUUUAAGAGGGUAAAUGAAGCUGGUGAUAUAUAUGGGAACUGUGGCAAAGAUGAGUUUGGGAGAUACAGGAGAUGCAGUGAGAGGGAUGCUAAAUGUGGGAAAAUCCAGUGUUCAUCUGCAGCCUCCAAGCCUAUUGAGAACAAUGCUGUUUCCAUAGAAACCACAGUUAAAGAGGGCAACAGCAAAAUCACGUGCAGGGGGACACAUGUGUACAAGCUUGGCAAGGAGGACGAGGAGCCACAGGGUGACACUUUGGAUCCAGGCCUGGUCAUGACGGGCACUAAGUGUGGUGAAGACUCGAUUUGCUUUAAUGGAAUGUGCCGCAAUGCAUCUUUUCUCAAAACGGAUGACUGCAGUGCCAAGUGUCAUGGACACGGACUGUGCAACAACAACCGUAACUGCCACUGUGAUUCGGGCUGGGCUCCUCCUCUCUGUAACCAGAAAGGAUCCGGGGGGAGUGUGGACAGUGGACCUGUCACCAGCUCCAGCAGUGCUCUUCCAGUCCUACUCGCUCUCCUCCUGGCUGUCUUUAUGGGUUUGGCUGCUUUUGGAUUUUGGCGCUUCGGUAGACAUAAACUCCUCUUACUGAAACCUUAUGCUUCACCAUCAGCACCAAGCUCAGAGCCAGUCGCUGUGAAACCCCUGCAUGCAAAUAGUGGCAAUAAUGGUCAUAGCAACCCAACCUUCUCACCAAAGAAACAAGACUCGGCUUCUCCUCAUCCAAGUCAGUCUUGCCCAUCUUGGCCCAAGCAUGCUAUCGCACAUCCUGCAGGGAAGCUUCCUCCAGUACCCGUGUUCCCUGCAGAGCAGAGAAAGCAGACACCACAGCCCCAGAGAGGGAUCUCUCCUCAGGCUCGCACUCUCCCUGUGCCUGUGGGGCAGAAACCGAACCAUGCUUCUCCACUACCCGCAAGACCUUCACCUUUAUGCUCCCUGGACCCCAAAAACCAGUCACAGCCUUCAGCAGUACCCAAACAUCGACCAGACCCCCCAAAAAGACCUCCACCACCUUGCCCUGUCAAAAAACAAUCAGGGAACCCUGUGAAAGGCCCACAGGUUACCACCAGUGCCUUGCAGUGAGGAAAACCUGGUUUGGCUCCAUCUGCUGGACAGAAAACACCAAACAGAGCCUAAUCUAAGAGCUUGGAGAGGCAUCGGGGACCACCGCUUAUCCAGUAACAGACUGCCUCAAAAUGUCUUUUCUGUAUGUUGCCAGGUCAUAGAAAAGGUGAUAAGUGAGGAACUCUUGACGCUGUACACUGAUGUGCAUUAAGUGGAAAAUGAUAUAAGUACAGCACGCUAUAGCAAAGGUAUGUUUUAAGUCUAAGAUUUAGGCUUGUGUAUUACAUGUGUCUGCUUUAUCCACUUGAAACAGCCAGAGCUGUGAAUUUUAGUGCUUUUAGUUUCUUUUACUCUGUUUACCAAUUUGUUGUUGGAAAUAUGAAAUUGUUCCAGGAGUAUUUAUUCACAAAAUCAAAGAGAAAUUAAUGUUUACAGUGAAGCCUCUGUACCAAAUGUGAUGCCUCUUCAAGUGAAUUAGUCAUAAAGGGAUGUCUUAUAUUAAGAAAAAAAUGCCACUAAUGAAGUUUUUAUCUGUGAAUGAUAAUGGGUUUAAACUGGACUGAUGGUAGCCAAUGAAAAAACCUCAAUGCAUGCUGUAAGUUUAUUCUCAUGGUGAAAGAUGCAUGUCUGAUAUGUAGCAGGAAAUGAGAAGGGUUUUUUUUUAGUUUUUUAGUUUUUUUUUUUAGUUUUUUAUUUUCACUCAUUUUAUUUUUUUAUUGUAUUUUUGAAUUAACUCACACCCUGAUGAUUUUAAAACUGCAGCUGCAACUGCAACUGCAGGCUUUGGAACAGGGAUAUUUUAGUAUUAUUGUUAGGUGCUUUCCUAUUUGACUACUUGGUGGAAUCUGUAUCGAUAACAGGAAAAUGCAGUUUGCCAGCUCCCAUAUUUUACCUCAUUAUCAGACCUAUGCAAACACAGGCUGUGACACUGUGUCUGAAACCGAAAUUCAAAUGAACACAUGGGAAAAUAAAAAUUGGAAAAUAAAAAUAGAUAUUUUUAACUGAUUGUUUUUAUUUAUUUAAUUUUUGUUUAGUAUAUUUAAUUGAAUUUUUUUUAAUAUUUUUGCAAGUCAAAGGUAAUUACUGGUCACUUAAACCUUUCCUUUCCUGCAUAGGCUUACAGAGGCCCAUUUUCAGGAACUGUCACUCCCAUGUUAAGUUCACAGGCCACUUUGUUAGGUACACCUAUUCAGUUGCUCAUAAUGCAAAUAUAAGCCAAUUACAUAGCAGCAUCUCAAUGCCUUUAGGAAUGUAGACAUGCUUGAAGCUGACAACAGUAACCACCGUUGGAACAAGGUAUGCAGAAGAGCGUCUCUGAAUGCACAACAUAUCAAACUUUAAAGCAGAUGGGCUACAGCAGCAGAUGAUUGCAGGGGGUGCCAGGCCUGUCAGGAAGAACAGGAAACUGAGCCUUCAAUUCAUACAGGAGGACCAAAUAGAAGAAGACAAUAGAAAAGUGGAAAGCUGUCAGCUGGUCUGAUGAGUAUAGAUUUCUGGUGUGACAUUCGGAUGGUAGGGUCAGAAUUUGUAAACAGCAUGAAGCGUGGAUCCAUCCUGCCUUGUAUCCACAGUUCAGGCAGAACACACCAUGUCACAAAGUUGAAAUCAUCUCAAACUGGUUUUGAGUUCACUGUACUCAAAUGGCAAAUGGCCUCCACCGGCACCAGAUUUCAAUGCAGCAGAGCACCUUUGGGAUGUGGUGGAACAGGAGAUUCACAUCAUGAAUGUACUGUCAUGCCAUCAUGUUGCUACGGACCAAAAUCUCUCAGGAAUGUUUGUUGCUCCAAAGAAUGAAGGCAGUUCUGAAAGCAAAAGGGGGUCAAACCCGGUACUACCAGAGUGCACCUAAUAAAGUGGCCAGUGAGUGCACUUUUGCCAAAUGUAAGUCUGAGUUUUCAAAGUCAAGUUGACCAUGUAAA